AAUGGUACAGUAAUAUGCUACCUAGGUUCGACAUUGUUUUUAUAUGUUGUCAACCUUGCAGCAGAUAACGAUGAUCGGCAAUAUUUCAUUGACAGUGAUGGAAAAAAUGUUAUACGUGAGUGUUUCGCCGCCGUAUCACGAGAAAAUUUGGAAAAUCCAAAACAACCGAAAAUACCACGUGCAUUCCUUGAAAUGAUUGCCAAUGAUCAAUUUGAAUGGCCAAGUAGGUACCAAAUGGGCAACGCAUUUGAAUACUUGAAUCAACAAUAUUUGUCAAAUGUUACGACAAAUUUGACAACGCAUUUAGAUAAUAUAUUGGAGAACUUCUUGCAAAUGAUUCGCUAUAAAUUGAACGAAGACCCUAAUCGGCUCAUAAAAUUUGAUGGCAUUGACAUAAGAAAUGCAAAGAACAAUCUUAUGUUCAAUCAAGAUUGUACCGGAGGCGAUCAACACCGAACGAACAAAAUGAAUGAGUUGUAUGAACAAGUCGCCGUACGCUGUUUACCAUCAUUUCGCGAACGUUUGUCAAUGAUUGAAUACAUCGAGAAAAAGUGGUUUGAAUCGUUGUGGUUUUUCAUCUUCAUUCAACGUGAAAUAAGUAUAUUUUUGGAAGAGCAUCACGAUCUUGUGCAAUUAUGGCUACGACACCAACGCCAUCCGCUUUUUUAUUGCAAACCAUCCAAGCCAUUGCCACCAAAAAUAAGAAAUUUCACCGUCAUACCGAUAUGUGACUCGAAGUUGAAACACAUUAAAUUCGAUCAAGAUGAUUUGAUGAGCCUGCUGGCCCAAUGGAAAGUUGUGCCGAAGAUAUUUAACAAUGAUCAUGGAGGGCAUAAUAUGUAUAGCCGUAACUAUUACAAGGAGAACGAAGAUGAAGCAUGGGUCAUUUUGUUCAACAUGGACAAAAUCAACGAGAUCAAGAAACCGAACCAACAGUUUCAUCAUAUGAUAGUCUGCGAUAGCGUUUCCGCGUCGGUAGUGUACAGAACACCAAAGCCUGAGAUCGAGAAUACGGAGCUGCAUCGACAAAGAAUCAAGCAAAAACUCGAGAACAAUGAGUAUAAAUACAUCGUCGCAAUUGAUCCCGGUAUGAAAACAUACUUAGCCGGAAUUCGUCGGAACAUUGAAGAUCGCACUGAGGAAAAUUUCAAGAUAUCUUCGAAGUCAUAUCAUUGGGGUGCCGGACGAAAAGUCAGAGACAAAAUGGGAAAGCGUAUGACUGCCAGAUUCACGCAACGAGAGCAAUUGGACCGUGAAAGCUAUCCAUCGAUACCAUCACCGCGAGGAAUCCGAUGGAGAAAUUACGUCAGGCAUCGAUUAACCAUGGUGAAAGAUGCAGUGGCUGCAUAUGCUCGGCGAUGUUAUGCACGGCUUUCGUUUGACAAAUACAUCGGGUCACAAGGUGAGAAAGAUUGGCUGGCGAAAGUAAUAACAAAGAAUGAGCCAUCGCUUAUAAACAUCGGAGCAGUGGAUAUGGCACCCAAUUCACCAAUUGGCAUAAAAAAGGGAAAACGAUGCCCAGGUACACGGCAUCUUCAAUGCAGCGUUAAAAAACUUGGCCAUUCAGAUGUACACAAAGUGAAUGAAGAUUUCACAUCUCAACACUGUGCGAAUUGCCAGAAGAAAUUCCCGAUUCAAACACAAAAAUAUCGAUUCAAAGUGUGCCGUAACUGUACUCGCGAUGCACCAAUACCACAAGAAAUAGAACCGUAUAUCUCACUACCACGGCUAAUUGUGACGAAGAAGAGUCAACGACGCAAAAAGAAAGAUAGCUGCGUGAAGAAAUUGAUCGCAAGAGGCAUCAUGGAUCCAGCAAAUCAACCAGCAGAAUUUCAACCAGGGCGAUUAGAGUCAAAGAAAAUGUACUUUCUGAAAAACUGGCUACUAAACCCUGUGAAUGCAAUUCAAAUGGGAGGCGACGCUGAUAAAUAUCCGGAACAACAAAAACAACAGCAACAUCAAAAACGAUUUUGCACCGUUUGGCAUCGAGACAUUGUUGCGGCUAGAUGCAUCAUGUACAAAGGUCUUUGUUACAUUUUCAAUUUGGAAAUGCACAACUCGUAUGUCAGAGCACCAGCACCUCCAAGACCACCAUUGCGUAGAGGACAACCAGCACGCAAAAGAGCCAAUGCAAACGUUGUUCCAGAUCAAUGAUUAAGCAGCGUCGAAAUCAAAAAGAAAAAAUAUAAUAACUCUGGUAGUUAGUAGCAAAGCUUGUAUUUUGUGGCUUUGGUGAUUGUGUAUAGUACACAUUGUCUAAAUGUGUAAUUGUACACAGUUCAGUACAGAUUUAUCUGUAGGGAAAAUGGUAAGUCUCAUUACGAAUGACAAUGAUAAAUGCGACCUUUGAAACAAGCCAAAUGUGGAUACGGCAUAAAAAAACGGCACAUAUUGAGACAUGUAAACAUUAUUGCCAUGAAUAAGUGCAAUGUUCACACACUGACGACAAAUAGCAAAACCACAUGGAAUUUGUCAUAUUACCAGUAAUCAGACGGAGAGAUGGACACAUUGCCAAUUUAGCAGACACACAUGCACGCCUUCUAUCAAUUUUAUUCCAUCAAUUCGAUUACAAUGUUUCGGAUAAUCGAAAUGAUAGUGAAAGAGGUUUUU